AUUUUACUGUCUAAAAAUAGCCGUUUAAAUUGUAUCUUUAGAAAUUUUACAUAAAUCCGAAAUGGAGAAGCUCACUAUAUCUCAUUACCUCACACUGGCCCUAAAAAAGCUUGACCCACCGAGCGAUUGGGAGGAUAUCCUCGAGUUCGUCCUUGCCACCUUGGACGCCACGUGUCGACCCAAAUAUUACACCAAAGAAUUGGAGAAGGCCCUGAAUGUUGGACUGCGUUUUGGCAUAAUACGCGAAAUUAAUAAUAAAUAUUAUCUGUAUGAAUAUGCGAAAAUAAAUUCGCUCGGAAAAAUUACAUACGAGUUUACCGAAAACCCCCUGAGUCCUUCUCGAUGCAUAAACAAGGACGAGGAGGACGACGAUGAUGAGCAAGAGGACGAUGAAGACGAGGAAGAGGAUGAUGACGACGAGGAAGUCGACAAAAAUUGCUCACACCAAAAUGAUAUGGAAAUCGAUUAGGUAGAAAAAUCAACAGAAGCUCGUGCCAGGAUCGACGAGACGCCUCAUUAGUCUACUAAUUAAAUUGAGCGCUGCAUAACUUCUAAAUAUUUAAGUAAAAUGAAUUUGAACAAUUGACAAGGAGUAUACAAUUAUUUAAACAGCAUUAUUAC